UAGCAUAAAACGCCAUCGUUUGAUACUAUUCGCCAUCCUUUGGAAGAAACUGAGGGUGGUGCCUGAAUUCAGGUCAGUUCAUUUCACUAUGAAAUUGAUUGCUACCAUAAAACGCCAUCGUUUUGACACUAGACGCCAUCCAUUGCAAUUUCGCGCAUAGGCAAGAACAGAGAUUCUCCUUGCCUUGACAGUGAAGCAGAAGACAUCCACCUAACGGUAAAAACAGAAUCAUAUAUGCUCGCUCUUUCUCUACCUAAUAAUUCAUCAGCUCUUCUCUCUCUCUCUCUCUCUCUCUCUCUCUCUCUCUCUAGCUGUUUUCGCUCCACUAUGUCCCCUGGUUUACUGAAAUCUCUGAUAAUUCUCGCAAUCUUGGCAAUCCUAAGGCUGAGUUUCGCCUUUCAACUGGAUGACACGCUCACUUAUGUCUGGCCGCUGCCAUCGGAGUUCAGUUCCGGCGAUCACACCCUAUCCGUUGACCCUGCCCUUUCGCUUGUUGUCAGCGGCGACGGAGGCAAUUCCUCAAUCAUCAAAGAUGCGUUUGACAGAUACAAGAGGAUUAUCUUCAAGCAUGGGGAGAGUUUUUCUAUUUUUCAAAUGUUUAGAUAUAUAAGACCGGCUUAUGAUAUCAGUAAAUUGAAAAUUGAGGUUCAUUCUCGUAGUGAGGAGCUUCAGCUUGGAGUGGAUGAGAGUUAUUCGUUAUUCGUGGAUAAGAAUGAUGGGCAGUCAAUUAUUGCGGAAGCGACCAUUGAGGCAAAUACUGUCUAUGGUGCACUGAGAGGGUUGGAGACCUUCAGCCAACUAUGUAUGUUUGAUUAUGGAACUAAAUCUGUACAAAUCUACAAGGCACCAUGGUACAUUCAAGACAAACCAAGAUUUUCGUAUCGUGGGCUUUUGCUUGAUACAUCGAGGCAUUAUUUACCAAUAACUGUCAUUAAGCAGAUAAUUGAAUCCAUGUCAUAUGCUAAACUUAAUGUCCUUCAUUGGCACAUUAUAGAUGAGCAGUCAUUUCCUAUAGAAAUACCAACAUAUCCAAAAUUGUGGGAAGGUUCAUAUACAAAGUGGGAGCGGUACACAGUGGAGGAUGCCUAUGAAAUUGUAAACUUUGCCAAGUUAAGAGGCAUCAAUGUAAUGGCAGAAAUUGAUGUCCCUGGUCAUGCUGAAUCAUGGGGCAUGGGAUAUCCUGAUCUUUGGCCUUCUGCUUCAUGUAGGGAGCCACUGGAUGUUGCAAAAAAUUUUACCUUUGAUGUGAUAUCUGGCAUUUUGACAGACAUGAGAAAAAUCUUCCCUUUUGAGCUCUUCCACUUGGGUGGUGAUGAGGUUAACACAGAUUGUUGGAACUCUACUUCACAUGUGAAACAAUGGCUUCAGGAUCGCAACUUGACUACCAAGGAUGCAUAUCAAUAUUUUGUACUUAGAGCUCAAGAAAUAGCAAUUUCCAAAGGUUGGACCCCUGUCAACUGGGAGGAAACUUUCAAUACAUUUGCAUCAAAUCUUCAUCCAAGGACUAUAGUGCACAACUGGUUGGGUGGUGGGGUUUGCCCAAAGGUUGUUGCAAAAGGCUUCAGGUGCAUCUUCAGUAACCAAGGUUUUUGGUAUCUUGAUCAUCUAGAUGUCCCUUGGGAUGAAGUUUACGAGGCUGAGCCACUGGAAGGAAUAAAUAUCACUUCUGAACAAGAGCUUGUGCUUGGAGGAGAAGUUUGCAUGUGGGCUGAGAUAGCUGAUACCUCAAAUAUUCAGCAAACAAUAUGGCCUCGUGCAGCAGCUGCUGCAGAACGCUUAUGGAGUAGAAGAGAGGCCAUAUCUUCUGGAAAUAUUACCUUAACGGCUUUACCCCGCUUGCACUACUUCAGAUGCCUAUUGAAUAGGCGUGGAGUUCAAGCUGCUCCUGUUGAAAAUUUUUAUGCCCGACAACCUCCUAUUGGUCCUGGGUCAUGCUAUGAACUGUAAAUCUUGGUAUCAAAUCAGAAUGUACUGCUUUAUCUCACAAAUUCCUGAGAAUUUCCAAAGAAACUUCAUUGUACUCUACUCCUCGAUGUUUGUGGAUAUUCCAGCAAAUUUUGCCAAGAAUGUGUAUAGGGAAGCUUAAUCAAACUUCCUACCUUGUAUUGUAAGUGAUCCCUUCCUUCAUACUCAUCAUAGGAAGGCAAGUGGAGAACUGAUAAAUCAGUGUCAUUGCAUAUUGAACCCUGAACUUUAUAAAUUGUCAUAAUUAACUGGAA